GAAAUCUACCUGCACUUAACAAUAAUGGAGUACAAAAAAUUCGUAGCCCUGUGCCUAGUAGCACUUACACUCGGGGAGGCUGCAACCCUGCCUCAGCACCCGGUGUACAAGCCCGAGGAGCACUCACCCGAGUUGAGGGAGGAGAGGAAAUUCGUGGAGAAGCCCAAUGCCAUUAAGAAAGCUGGGCUCGAUGAUAUCGACGACGUUGGAUCCAAUUCGAUUCAGGAGGGCGGAGCAACCGGUUUCUCAUGGUCCAGCAUGCUGGGCAUGCUCAUGCAGAUGCUUCUAGGUCAAACUGGUGCCAUAACUGGCCCUAGCAAGAAUGACAUCGACGACGGAGUCGCAGCUAGUCCCUGGUCUAAUCUUUUGACCGUCGGCCUUCGCGUUAUCACAGCUAUUCUUGGGGGUGCACAACAGCCUGUCGACGGCGGACUCGACAAAGUCGACAACCAGAGCGGUACUAUGCAAGGAAUAUUGACUGCGGUGCUGGGGGCAUUGCUAGGACAGGGGAGAAAUCCCGAAGGUGUCGCGACAAUGGCUAAACAGACAUCUGAGUUCAUCAACAUCGUCAUGAACCUGUUGGACGCCCUGAAGACCUCAUUCUCACAUCGUUCGUUGAACGCAAGGUCUCUGGGGAGACGCGAUUCUGUGUCUGAGGCUGCUGUUGCUUCCAUCUCCAUGCUCAAGGCAUAUAUGCGAACGAUGAAAGCCUACAGCAACUCUGGAAAGAGCGAGGAUGAAGAGCAACGUGGAUGCCCAGAGCGCAUCAUGUGCGAGGCCAGUGCCGACUGUGCUGCUGACAGCCCGAAACAAUCACCAGUCUUCUGUCAAUUAGGAUCAUACCUAGCCAGCUGGUACCUCCAAGGACAAGAUGGAGCCCACUUCGAGGCCCUGUAUGACGCCGCACGUCGUGGACGUACUGGUGAAAACUGCAGAACGAUUUUCGUGGAUUGCAAUGCAGUUUGAGCAUCACCACAAGCCCAUUCCUUCAUUAGUUCACGAGAAAAAUUUAAAUGAAUCCCAUCCACGAUGCAGAAAAACAUUUAUUCGAAUUUAAUCAUUGGAUAGAGGAAAAUUGUGAUUAGAAUCAUCGAUCAACCGCUUAACGAAGUUCAAAUUUAUUCAUCAAGAUGAAAAAUUCAAUGAUAUCACAUGGACGUAGACUGAGAAUCUCUCGAGGCCUGGUUGAAUUCAGUACAACUGUAAUAUCGAGUUCAACUGAGCCUCGACCAAUCGAUAAGCUAUUCGAUAUUUAUUUAUAUUUAUUAAUGUGAAACGAUUGCGCGUGUGUGUGAGGCAGAAUUAAAACGAGACCUUUUACAACUCCAUUUAAACAUCUGAAGCAUUAAUUCUGUCUCGUUGACACCGAUUCGCAUGGUAUUACUUAAUCUGUAGCUAGUGUUUUGUACGAACUCGAGAGGUAAUUUUUAUGGGAGGAAGACGAGCUUAGAGCUGAUGGCUUCGACGUGGAUCGGUGAAGAGAGAAUUGUUACCCUCGAGUGUCACAAAUACAUGAAAUCAGUGAAUCAAUCGAUUCAUCAAUCACUUGAUGACAUUCUGGGGGUUUGUCGUGCCCUCCCACUAAUUUAUUUCAUACGUUAGACAUCUCAGGACGUUUUCGUUUCACCCACACUAAAUUUAAUAACUUCUGUAUAUAUUUAUGCCACAGUAUCACAAAUUUCUUUGUUAGGACACACGU